AUGGCCGCUUCUUCAGUACGCACCGACGAUGACACAUGGGCUCUUGCGUUCAAACUGGCCCAGGAGAGGGAGAGCAAUUUAAUGCUUGCCUAUGAGGAGUAUCUAUUUUCUCUGCAAGGUGAUAACACAACCAGUGGAGACAUGUCGAUCCCCGAAAUCAUCCAGUCAAUUGUAAAAAGGACGAUAGAAGAUGAAGAAAAGAAGAGUUGGCGCGUCUCGCUCUUUGGUGCAGAUUAUGAGGUCAGAAUACAAGUUGAGAGGCUGACAAAAUUCCUCCUCUGGUCCGAGUCAAUCGUCAAGGUUGCUAUGAGCAGCCAGCUAUACGCAGCGUUAGCAUGGUCAGGCGUCUCAUUGCUUCUUCCACUCAUCACACGCAACAUGAAGCAAAAAGUGGCAAUGUUAAAGGGUUUUAAUUUGAUUGGCGAUAUACAAAUGUACUGGCGAAUCUGUGAAGAGACAUACCUUCUAUCCCUAAACAGAUCGUCCUACGAACAGCAGCUGGCCAAAUUGUAUUCCGUCAUAAUUGAAUAUCAGGCUCGAGUAUUAUGCCAUCUUUCUAGACACCAGCUCUCUCGAGAAUGGAACGACAUCAUUAGCCCUGACGAAUGGGACAAGAAGAUACAAGAAAUUCAGCAACUAGAUGAAGAAUGCCGUAAUACCUUACAUGUUUCCAACGCAGAUCAAAUUGAGAGAGAUUGGAAGGAACAGCUAAUUGAAAUGCAAGAGUCGCGGAUAUCCCUGGGUAAAAUUCACAAUACUCUCCUGGAAAGCGGAGCUGAAGACCAGAAGAACUACGGAGAUCAGAAAGAGAGAGCCCUCCUCCAAGCUCUCGCGUCCGAUUAUGAAGGCCACAAAGACUUGAUCUCACGGAAGGUGGAAGGAACUUUUGAGUGGUUCUUCGUUGAUGAGAGAUUUCGCAACUGGCGAAAUAGCAACGUCUCUAGUCUUCUCUUGGUCUCUGCCGGCCCAGGAUGUGGGAAAUCUGUCUUGUCGCGAUCGCUGAUCGAUGAGCGACGAUUGUCAACCAACGCCACAUCAUCAAUCGUCUGUUAUUUCUUUUUCAAGGAUGGUGACGAUAGCCGAAUGUACCCUCACAAUGCGCUUUGUGCAAUACUUCACCAGCUCUUCAUUCAUGACCCUACCGGUAGCUUGAUUGCACAAGCACUCUCUAGGUAUAAGAAUUUUGGCGAGGCAUUGACUCACAAAUUUUCUGAGCUAUGGAAGAUUCUAUUGAGAUGCGCCAGUUUAUUGAAUUCCGGAGAAAUCAUCUGUGUUCUCGAUGGCCUCGACGAAUGCCAUGUGGACAGCAGAUGGAUAAUUAUCGAAGAGCUCAAGGAAUUUUAUCGGCAUCCCCCGGGGUCAUCCUCGAAGCUCAAAUUUCUUAUAACCAGCCGUCCACUAGGAGCUAUUGACAUGCAUUUCGAAAAGUUAUCUGGCGCUACUUCGUAUCUACGAUUCGAUGGUGACGACAAGUCUACAAAGAUCAAUCACGAUGUCGAUUCGAUCAUCAACUUUAGAGUGAACGAAAUUGCACAGAAUUUUACAGAAAACGACCGCCGCCUAAUUGCUGACCGACUCGAAAGCAUGGAACAUCGCACAUAUCUCUGGCUAUACCUUACACUUGACAUUAUCAAGAGAAUUACGAGCCAAUAUGGCAAGGGCAUUGAUGCGGACGCUGUUCUCUCUAGCCUACCCUCCUCGUUAUCUGAAGCCUACGAAAAUAUUCUAGCCAGAAGUAAAAGGCAUGAUUACACCGAAGCUCUGCUACACAUCCUCUUAGCAGCAACGCGUCCUCUGACUUUGGUCGAGGCCAACUUCGCCUUGACGCUGACUACAGCUGAACCAGAACGCCGAUUUAAAUCCCACGCCACCUUACAAGAUGAACUCUGGUCCUUAGAUAAUGUUAUGGAUGACUUAAAAAACUUAUGUGGACUCUUUAUUACGGUCGAUGAUGGAAAGCUAUAUUUUAUUCACCAGACAGCUAGAGAGUUUCUUGUUCAUCCACAAAGGCAGGGAGAAUGGCAGGGACGCUUUUACGACAUGUCGAAGUCGCACAGCAUAAUGUCUUCGGUAUGCAUUAGAUAUUUGCUCUUGCCAGAUCUCACAAGGAUUUCUGGCAUGAGAGCUCGUAUUCGGCGUCAUCCUUUGCUUUCAUACGCUGCCAGAUCUUGGCCAUUGCAUUAUCGCUCGCAGGGAGCUGUCGAAGCCAUCUCAUCCCGGAAGGAUGCGCUGGCGCUCUGUUGCGCAGCCGACGUGUGGAUAUCAAUUAUUUAUUUAUCUUCGCGGACUGAUGAGUGGAAGAAUUGGAUGAGUCUUGAGCUUGCUAGCAAAUUCGGUCUCGACGAAGUAGUCUCAGAGCUCCUGCUGAGGCAUACAUAUUCAGCCAAGAGUCUCAGCGCGCCGCUUUAUCAUGCAUCAGCAAAUGGGUAUAAAGAGAUUGUUCAGAUGAUGCUGGAU